GACAAUUGGAGUAACCCGCCCUUGUAAUGAAAAGCAACAACACAAAAUAAAAUAUAUGCGCUAAUGUGAUCGUUAAAUCAAUAAAAUGGCAGAGGCUACUUCUUCUUUUUCUGGAACUCAAGUAGUAUCUCAACCUCCACAACAGCCAGCCACCACUCCAGUACAGGUACUGAAGUUGAAAAAUCCCAAAAAUGACAAGAAAGUCAAGUGGACAAACGAAACAGUGGAUAAUGAACAUUUGAACAAAAAGAAGUCCAAGUGCUGCUGCAUCUAUGAGAAGCCUCGCAUGUUUGGCGAGUCCUCAGAUGAGGAAGAAGACCAUGACUGCACGGGGCACUGUAGAGGUCACAAGGACAAGUGUUACCGUGGAGAUGAAGGGAAUCCUGACCAACCUGGCACAAGUGAUAGUUGAUGGACCAGACAUAACGUACUGCUGUUGAUAUUGACACUUUGUUAAAGCUUUGAGGACUUUUCAUAGUUAGAUAGUUAUCAUUUAUGAACAAUGUCAACCAUAUUGAAGUUCAUUCAUUAUGUUGUACCAGUUAGUUAACCCUUUCCCACUCAGAAACAAAGUAAAAAUAGCUAAGUGCAAUCAGCAUAAAACCAAUACAGCCUGCGAGUAACUUGCAGCUUUUCAGGUUUAAUGCUGUUUGCUGCUCAUCAGUGUCUAAGGGUUGGAAAUGAAGCUUUUAAAUCUUUAAUCGAGUAAGAAAGGACUUUAAUUGAAUUUGAUUUUCAAGGCGAUUUGUUGCUCAGUGGUAAAGGGUUCACGAGCCAUCAUGUCUGACACGAUGAUCAAUGCUAAGCAUGAGCUAAAAUCAUUUUCACACAUAGUUGAUUACAUUCUAUAUUCAGAACUUAUGUUCAGACAUUGUGGAAGGGGUUUGAUUUCUCCUGCUUACAGCUGAUUUCCUCCCUUGCAAUCUCAAACUACUGUUACAAAUAUUUAUUAACUUUUAUGAAUCUGUUUAUAAAUGAGUAGAUCAAUUGAACUCUGUCAGGGGGAAGAGCGUUGUCCUACUCUGCAUUGGUUCACCAGGGCUCAACAUUAACCGAAAAACCAACUUGCCCUGCCGGGCAAGUACUUAGAAAAUCUACUUGCCCUGAACGUAAAGCCACUUGCCCAAACAUGAAAUAUCCCAGCACCUGUAAACCUCAUAUUUAAGUAAAGUUCAAAAUGAUACACUACAAAACCUUUUUUUUUAACAUUUAACAAAAUAAAUACAGCAAUUUAAGUCUAAUUUAAGUCUAAAUUAAAUGCUCUUUGUUCUUUUUUGCACUUUUCCGGGCGGACAACUAGAUAAAAUAACUUGCCCGGACCCAACUUUUACAUGCCAGGGGCAAUAGGAAAACCAUUAAUGUUGAGCCCUGAUUCACACAAAUAUGUAUUUGACUGAGCAAUAACUAGAAAAGUAAAUUAAAAAAAAUCUUGCAGUGAAAUAAGUUAUUCAGCAAUUACUAGUGAUGGGUGCAUUUUAGAGUGUGUUGACAGUGAAAUAUUCAUGCUUGGCACACAAAAGAGAUUUUAAUUAUCAAUUCUCAAUAAUUUAUUUACAAGAAUUAAGGGAAUUUAGUGGAAAUGAACAUGGGUGUAUGGCUAUUCAUGGAAAUAUCUCCUAAACACUUGUUAAAGUUCUUACCAGAUGUGUGUGUACAUCAAAGAAUCUUGUAUUGUAUACUUUCAGUACUAUUUGAGUGUAGAAGCUGUGUGUCCUGCAAUAAUAUACAAAUAUAUAUGAAUGGAAUAUAAGUUGUAUGGAAUCAAUAUACUUUUAUGGUGAAGAUUUCCAUACCAUUUCUUGUAAAAUAUAUAAAUAAAUAGUCACUCUUAAUAUAUCUGAACAACAUUUAGGGCAGUAGAACCAUGAUUUAUUGAAUUGUGUGUUUUUUAAUCUUUUUCUUUAAUAAGAUAAUGUUUGAACUUGUAUUAUUUCUUUUACUGGUAUUUUUGUUAACAUGUUUGAAAUAAUCAUUUGAACAUUAUUCUUGAUUAUUAAACACCCACCAAAUCUCUGUUGGACCUUUUUUAAAAUAAUUAUAAAGCUCUCAGCUUUCUUAAGGCAUAUGAUGUACCGGUGUAAGUUUGUUGUAAAUGAAGGGUUAUACAUUUUGCUGUUCUUCAAAAUGAUUCGCUAAAUUAAGUUAAUACCAUGUUAGAAAACAUGUAUGCAACGAACAGACUAAACUAUAAAUAUCCUUACCCAUGGAUAAAUGGAACUCUGUUGUUUAGUACAAACUUUUAAUCAUUAAAACUAAGCUUAUAGCUUUGUGAAUGGUAGCUUGGACAUACUUUUCUGUGAUAUGUUUUCUAUUUUACUUCACAUUUUCCCUUUGCUUUUAUGAGUAGGUAAUUAUUGUUCAUGUAUGUGUAGUAGAGAACAGACUUUAAACUCUUGUCUUUAAAGAUUCAAUCUGUUGGCUUUAAUUUAAAAACAACAACACAAUUUUAAAUUUUAUAUUUUUUGUUGAUGGUUUGUUAGAGGAAUAGUUAUAAUAGUAUUUAGUUGAUUUGUGUUUACAAUUUUUUAUAUUAAAGUAUUUAGAUGUAUUUUAAUGAUCGUAAAUAAGAAAUUGCUCCGUUUAUUUAUUUUGUUGGGGAACUUCUAAAAAACACAGAUCUGUCAAUAAAGACAAAUAAACAUUUAGUCAUGUACAGGUAGUCAUUAGUUUCGGCUACUCAACACAGGCCACAUAAGUUAUUGCCAAUUUAAGAAUUGUUAUCGUUUUUGUUUGUUAUGUUUGUCAUACUUGUAGAAAAUAUAACAAAUUUAAAAAGACAUGAUUAUGCUUCACGUGUCUACAUUAUUAGCAGCAUCAUGCUUAAAUGGACCUUGUGCCAUGUCCAGCCAGCAUAGCUUCAGACCAGACUACUGGAUUGCAAUGUCCGCCUUAAAGACUGCAAUGUCCGCUAUAAAGACUGCAAUGUCCGCUAUAAAGACUCGCAAUAUUUUGUGGUCUCAUUUGCAGACAAGGUAGCUCCAGACCGGACUGCGCUGAUGCCCAGGCUGGUCCACCCGUAGGCUGGCUGCAUAUGGCAUAACAUUUUCGUAUGAUGAUUUUACCAGAACAAAAGUGCGCAUUGUUAACUGUAUUGUCUUAAUCAGCAUCGCUUUAAUGUAUCCUAAAAUCUAGUAUUCAAUCUGUAUAAGGUAUAGCCCUCCAGUGUAUUGUCUGUUAUAAUUGUUUAUUAAUUAUUGGUAGAGUGAUGUGUUUAAAUUGCAAUACAUCUGCAUGACUUAUCAUGUGUGUUGGAAUAAUUAAUGUUUAAUAUUGUGCAAAUGAACUUAGCAUAUAUUGGAUGUUACUGAUUAUUA